AUUUACCUUUGUACUUUAGGUGGAUCUGGGUUGGUGGUGGUGACUGGCUGGGUGGGUCUGCAACUGGCUGCCAUCCUGACACGUCUCCGAGCUUUGCAAGCCCUGCCAAUCAGUCACCAUGGCCUCUCCGCUGCUUGGGCUGGCAGAAGAGUCUAGCCCAAACCCUGGAGAAUCUGAACUGGCUGUGAACCCUUUUGACGGGCUCCCCUUCUCUUCACGCUACUAUGAGCUGCUUGAGCAGCGGCGAACCUUGCCCAUUUGGGCUGCUCGUUUUAUCUUCUUGGAGCAGUUGGAGAGUAGCCCUGGAGGAGUGGUGCUGGUGUCUGGAGAGCCUGGCUCUGGCAAGAGCACCCAGAUCCCUCAGUGGUGUGCAGAGUUUGCACUGGCCAGGGGAUUCCAGAAGGGCCAGGUGAUUGUCACUCAGCCCCACCCUCUGGCAGCCCUGAGCCUGGCCCUGCGGGUUGCUGAUGAGAUGGACCUGACCCUGGGUCAUGAGGUUGGAUACAGCAUCCCCCAAGAGGACUGCACUGGGCCUGACACUCUGCUCAGGUUUUGCUGGGACAGGCUGCUUCUGCAGGAGGUGGCUUCAACCCCGGGCCCUGGAGCCUGGGGUGUGCUGGUGCUGGAUGAGGCUCAGGAGCGGUCGGUGGCCUCAGAUUUGCUCCAGGGGCUGCUGCGAGAUGCCAGGCUGGGAAACCUUCCAGGAGACCCCAGAGUGGUUGUGGUUACUGACCCCACCCUUGAACCUAAGCUCCAAGCCUUCUGGGGCAAUCCUCCUAUUGUGCAUGUGCCCAGAGGGCCUGGUGGGGAUCCCACUCCUGUCUACAGGGACACUGUCGCUCCUGAUCGAGUAGAAGCUGCCUGUCAAGCCGUGCUUGAAUUAUGUCAGACGGAGAUGCCAGGAGAUGUGCUAGUAUACCUGCCCAGUGAGGAGGAAAUUUCCCUAUGCUGUGAAUCCUUGACCAAGGAGGUAGGGCCCCUGGCUCUCCAAGGGCCUCCACCGCGGGUGCUGCCUCUUCACCCAGGCCGUGGCCAAGCUGUUCUGUCUGUAUAUGAAGACACAGACUCGGGUGCCCGAAAGAUUGUGGUCACUCACUGGCUGGCUGACUUCUCCUUCUCCCUCCCUUCCAUCCGACAUGUCAUUGACUCAGGACUGGAGCUUCGAAAUGUGUACAGUCCUCAAAUUCGAGCAGAAUCCCAAGUGUUGAGGCCAAUCAGCAAGUGCCAGGCAAAAGCAAGAUGGCUUCGGGCAGGAGGGCUCCCACCAGGAUCCUGCCUCUGCCUGUAUCCCAAGUCCUUCCUAGAACUUGAGGCUCCCCCAGUGCCCCAACCAAGGGUGUGUGAGGAGAAUCUGAGCUCUCUGGUAUUACUACUAAAGAGGAGACAGAUUGCAGAGCCAGGGAAGUGUCACUUCCUAGACCGGCCUGCUCCAGAAGCACUGAUGCAGGCCCUGGAAGACUUAGACUAUCUGGCAGCCCUAGAUGAUGACGGGGACCUGUCAGAUCUGGGAGUCAUCUUAUCAGAGUUCCCCCUACUCCCUGAGUUGGCCAAAGCCCUGCUGGCCUCGUGCGAGUUUAACUGUGUGGAUGAGAUGCUCACCCUCGCUGCCAUGCUCACUGCUGCCCCUGGGUUUACUCAUCCUCCACUCUGUGCAGAGGAAGCUGCCUUGCGUCGAGCACUGGAACAUGCAGAUGGUGAUCACAGCUCUCUGAUCCAGGUGUAUGAAGGCUUUAUACAGAGCGGAGCAGACAAGACUUGGUGCCUGGCUCGGGGCCUGAACUGGAAAGCAUUGUGCCAAGCCCGGAAGCUUCGAGGAGAACUCCUAGAACUCAUGCAACGAAUUGAACUUCCCUUGUCCCAACCAGCCUUUGGCUCUGAGCAGAAUCGCAGAGACCUUCAGAAAGCACUGGUGUCAGGAUACUUCCUUAAGGUGGCCCGAGACACAGAUGGGACUGGAAAUUACCUGCUCCUAACACAUAAGCAUGUGGCCCAGCUCUCUCCAUACUGCUGCUACCGAAGCCGCAGGGCUCCAGCCGGGCUGCCACCGUGGGUGCUCUACCACAGUUUCUCCAUUUCCAAAGACAACUGCCUUUCCAUUGUUUCUGAGAUUCAACCACAGAUGUUGGUGGAGUUGGCCCCUCCAUACUUCCUGAGUAACUUGCCCCCCAGCGAGAGCAGAGACCUCCUCAAUCAGCUGAGGAAAGAAAUGGCAGCUUCUUCUACAGGGAGUGAAUCCUCCUCCACCCAAGAACUAGGGGAUGCCUGUGUUCUGCAAUGACCCGCCUAAGGAAUGGAGCUGAGCUCGUCUCAUGGUAUUAGAUCCUCUCUCAGGCUAGUACUAAGGCAGCCAGCCAGACUUAGAAGCCCAAAGUUUAGGGUCUAAUGGAAACCCUGGGAUGUGAGUCUCAAGAGACAGUGGGCUGGGAGUGGAAGGAAUCAAGUAAGCCACAGUCUACAUAGGGUAGGACCCUUCCUUAGCCUUCUUCUAUUUAUUGGAGGGGGACUGAUAUACCCCCAUACCCCAAAUUAUGUCAAAACCUAUCCUUGUGUUCCCUUUUGGUCUAUAAAAGUUCUUUUUCUGUG